AUGGAGAUGGAGAUGGAAGCGGAGGAGAAAGUGGAAGCGGAGGUGGAGGGUACAGCAGUUCGUGCUAAAGUCUGUAAGCUUUUGCCAUGCAGGGAGCCUCCCCGCCAGAUUGAAAAGCGGCGGAGGGACAAAAUGAACAACCUCAUCGACGAGCUGUCUGCCAUGAUCCCUGCAUGUCAGCCCAUGGCUCGGAAACCUGACAAACUCACUGUGCUGCGGAAGGCUGUACAACAUCUAAAAGCCCUCAAAGCUGGGACAAGCAGCGCCUUUACAGACACCACCGGCAAGCUUUCCAUCCUGCCUCAUGAUGACCUCAGACACCUUCUGCUCAGGAGUGCCGAUGGGUUCCUGUUAGUUGUAAGUUGUGACCAGGUGAAAAUCCUGUUCAUCUCAGAGUCUGUCUCCAAGAUCCUCAACUUUAACCGGAUGGAUCUGACUGGGCAGAGUUUGUUCGAUUUUAUUCACCCCGAAGACAUCAACACGGUGAAGGAACAGCUGUCAUCUUCUGACAUGUCCUCUCGCCAGCGUCUCAUUGAUGCAGCAACUGGGGUCCAGGUCCAGGUGGAUGCUCCGGUCAGGACGUCCCACUUGUCCUCUGGAGCGCGUCGAUCCUUCUUCUGUCGCAUGAAGCACAGUCGAGUGGCAGGGAAACACGAAGACAAACACUCACUGCCCAGCACUUAUGAAAAGAAAGACUCGUACAGAUAUUGUACCCUCCACUGCACUGGAUACAUGCGCAGUUGGCCGAGCAGCCAGCUGGACUCGGAGGGCGACGUUGACAAGGAAACCUCAAGCCUGACCUGCCUGGUGACGGUGUGUCGCCUCAUCCCCCACGUGUCCCAACAGCCUUCUGAAGAAAUCAACGUGAAGCCCACCGAGUUCGUCACCCGCUGUGCGAUCGACGGCAAGUUCACUUUGGUUGAUCAACAAGCCACAACAGUCAUUGGUUAUCUGCCACAAGAACUUAUUGGCACGUCGUGUUAUGAAUACUUCCACCAGGACGACCUGCCGUACCUCGCAGAGAAGCACAGGCAAGUUCUUCGAAGCCAAGAGAAGAUUGAGACGAAGUGCUACAAGUUCAAAACAAAAAAUGGCUCCUAUGUUUUACUUCAAAGUCAGUGGUCUAGUUUCACAAAUCCAUUCACCAAAGAAGUUGAAUUCAUCGUGUUUUCAAACAAGGUUAUCCUGGGGCGCGGUCACACAAAAGAUGACGAGGGAGUGAGUAGCUCUGAAACACUUCACGAAGACACGAAGCAAAUACCUGUGAUUCCCGGCCUCUCCAGUGGUGUGGGCACUAUGAUCUAUGCUGGCAGCAUAGGGACCCAAAUAGCAAAUGAGUUCAUUGACUCCUACAGAGUGAACUCGUCUCCAUCAAGUGGAGCUUCCAGUCCGUUUGGUCCGGCGUUGGAGAAAUGUCCACUAGUUUCCCCACAAACCAGCAGGAGUGGGUCCAGCAGACAGGAGGCAGCAGGGACUUCAUCUGAGUCAAAGACAGCAGCGGGCGCUAGCACCGUGACUUCUGAAAGUACAGAUGAGCUGUCCCAGCUAGACUUGGACGACAUGGUGGUUCCAGGCCUGGGCAGCUUCAGCAGCGAUGAAGCAGCCUUAGCGGUCAUCAUGAGCUUGCUGGAGACGGAUGUCAACAUGGGUCAAUCUGGGGACUUUGAGGACUUAUACUGGCAUUUCUAG